CAGAGCUUUGAAGAUCAGUCAUCAGAGCGCAGGGGCCCGGGGACGGAGGAAGAGCAGGCGGAAUCGAACAUGCUCUUAUGUGGUCGAGCGGAGCUGAAAUCUGUGCGCAACUGUGGAUAAAAGAGAGCAAAGUGGUGUCCGGACGGAGAAUGAAAAUAUCAGGAAUACACACGCUGGGUGUUUUUCUCCUAAAUGGAUUACCAAAGGAAUAAUAGGACGUGCGUUUGGAUUGCCCGGUUCAUGAGUGAAAUCGGAUCCUCAAGGUAACAACUCCACCAGUGUGAAACAGGAAGUGUCGUCUGUGAGCAGCCAUGGGCCAGAGAGCUGUGCUUCUGCUCAGCGAGCUGCUGCUGCUGCUGACAGCCUCACGCACUCUCCUCGCAGUCAGCUUCCCCGAGGACAACACACCCCUCGAUGUCGUCGACGCACACUUUUCACGGAGGUACCCAGUGUUCAGAGGCCGGCCCUCUGGCAACGAGUCGCAGCAUCGCCUUGACUUUCAGCUGAUGACCAAGAUACAGGACACACUGUUCAUCGCUGGCAGAGAUCAGGUGUACCUAGUCAGUCUGAGAGAGUCCUACAGGAAUGAGAUCAUUCCUUACCGGAAGCUAACGUGGCGAUCAGGCCAAGCUGACAGAGACAUGUGUGCCGUCAAGGGAAAACACAGAGACGAGUGCCACAACUUCAUAAAAGUGUUGGUUCCCAGAAACGACGACCUGGUGUUCAUCUGCGGCACCAACGGCUUCAACCCCAUGUGCAGAUACUACAGGCUGGAUAACCUGGAGUUAGAUGGAGAGGAGAUCUAUGGACUGGCACGGUGCCCGUUCGACUCCAGGCAAACCAACGUGGCUCUUUUCGCGGAAGGGAAGCUGUACUCUGCCACCGUGGCCGACUUCCAGGCCAGUGACGCUGUCAUCUACCGCAGUAUGGGUGAUGGAUCGGCGCUGAGGACCAUCAAAUACGACUCCAAAUGGCUGAAAGAACCUCAUUUCCUGCAUGCAGCCGAGUACGGGAAUUAUGUGUACUUCUUCUACCGGGAGAUUGCGGUGGAGCACAGCAAUCUGGGCAAGGUUGUGUACUCUCGCGUGGCCCGGAUCUGUAAGAAUGACGUGGGGGGGUCACAGCGAGUGCUGGAGAAGCACUGGACGUCGUUUGUGAAGGCCAGGCUGAACUGCUCGGUGCCGGGGGAGUCCUUCUUCUACUUCGACGUGCUCCAGUCCGUCACUGACAUCGUGGACAUCAACGGGGUUCCCUCGGUGGUGGGCGUGUUCACCACGCAGAUGAACAGUAUCCCAGGGUCAGCAGUGUGUGCCUUCUCCAUGGCCGACAUCGAAAAGGUUUUCUGGGGUCGGUUCAAAGAGCAGAAGACUCCUGACUCGGUGUGGACUGCAUAUCCGGAGGAGAAGCUUCCCAAACCGCGACCCGGGAGCUGUGCGGGUCAUGGUCCAGCUGCGUCCUUCAAGAGCUCCAUCGAGUUCCCGGACGACACCCUGCAGUUCAUCAAGUCCCACCCCCUCAUGGACACAGCUGUGCCCUCCAUCGGGGACGAGCCUUGGUUCACCAAGACACGUGUCAGGUACAGGCUGACAUCGCUGGCUGUGGACAACGAAGCCGGGCCCCACAAGAACUACACGGUGGUGUUCAUCGGGGCGGAGUCGGGGGUCGUCCUCAAGGUUCUGGCCAAGACCACCUCCUUGUCCCUGAAUGACAGCCUGCUCCUGGAGGAGAUCGACGUCUUCAACCGGGCAAAGUGCCUGUCCAACCAUGAGGACGACAAGCGUGUCCUCUCGCUGCACGUGGACAAAGACACGCACAGCCUGUACGUGGCCUUUUCCAGCUGCGUCAUCCGAAUCCCCCUGAGUCGCUGUGAGAGACACACGUCCUGCCACAAGUCCUGCAUUGCAUCAAGGGAUCCUUAUUGUGGCUGGAAAUCUCCCGGAGCUUGUGAGAGGAUUCUGCCCGGUGUUUUGACCGGAUAUGAGCAGGACGUUGACCUGGGAAACACUGCUCACCUGGGAGACUGUCACGCGUUUUUGGGCUCUACUUCAGCGCCAGAUUACAAAUCAUUUGGCGACCCUACCUCUGACAUGGAGUUUUCAUCUACGCCAGUCACUGUCCAGCCCAGUGUGCCCAUACACCCCCCACUACUCAUACCCACUCAGAGCCCCAGCUCUGGGCCUGGUCCAGAGCUCUACGGCUCAGGCUUUGUGCUGCAGGAUGACCCAGCAACCUCCCAUUCUUUAGACUCUAUCCCAGGGGGCCAAGAGGGUGUGUGGGAUAACCAAGCAGCUGAGACCAACCAGAUGGUCCACAUGAACAUCCUCAUCACCUGCGUGUUUGCAGCUUUCCUCAUGGGCGCUCUCCUAGCUGGUCUGAUUGUCUUCUGCUACCGAGACUCAUUCCUCCGUAAGCCGAGACACGUCCACAAGGAUACAGAGUCGGCCCCCUCCUGCUCCGACUCCACUGGAAGCUUCAUCAAGCUCAAUGGCCUCUUUGACAGUCCAGUAAAGGAAUAUCAAACCAGCAUUGAGUCCCCCAAGCUGUACAGCAAUCUGCUGAGCAAUGGCAAAGACCUGCAUUCGCCCAACGGUGACACCAAGACCAUGAUCCUGCGGGAAAGUUGUCAGCCCCCGGAGCUUGCUGCCCUGCCAACGCCGGAGUCCACCCCUGUGCUUCAGCAGAAAGGCCUCCAGCCCAUCAACAACCAGUGGGAGAGGGCUCAGGUAAAGGGCAGUGGGCCCUGCAAGGAGUCCAACUCAGCAGCAGCAGCAAAGAGUCCUCAGUUCCUUCUUUCCCCUCCUGCUCCUCCCAACGCCAACGCCAACCCCAACCCCCACCACCCUCACCUUGCCCUAGGACACUCCCACAUCCCGAGUGCAGUUGUUUUACCCAAUGCCACACAUGACCACCCGAACCUUGAAAGUGGAGAUGAUACCCUCCCACAUUCCUCUGAAAAGAAACCGAAGAACCCAGAUUCCAGGGGAAGUAGGAAAGAGCAGAAGAAGUCGGUGGAUGCCAGAAAUACUCUUAAUGACCUUUUAAAACACCUCAAUGACUCUGUGGCCAACCCCAAGGCCAUUCUUCAAGAGGGAUCAGGGCCUCGCCCGAGACAGCAUCUCACACUGGAGCCCAUGGAGGAGCUGACUGAAUUACCCCCCAGGGUGCCCAGCCGUGAGGCCUCCCUGUACUCUCCCUCCUCCUCCCUACCGAGGCACAGCCCCACUAAGAGGGUUGAUGUCCCCAUGCCCUCCACCCCCACCACACCAACAGGUAGCCUGAGCAUGGGGGGCACUCUGGAGCGGCAAAGAGGGGGGUACCAGCUCCACCGGAGUGCGUCUCAUAGGCAGUCCUUAUCCACCUCACCAAAUGGGGUAACCAUGGGAGUGUCUUUGUCUCGCCAACACAGUAUGAACAGAGGUGGUUAUAUGCCCCCAACCCCACCCUCCAGACUUGACUCUCAUAGUGGAAUGAUGGGGGCUGGACUGCACUCCCCUCACUCGUCCUCUAUGUCACGACAUAGCAACUACAGUGGGCAUGGCUCGCUCCCCCGCACAGGGCUGAAACGGACCCCGUCGCUUAAGCCAGAUGUGCCCCCCAAACCCAACGGGUUUUCACCACAGAGUCCACAGAUGCGAGUUGUCAAUAAGUACAGUUAUUAAAAUAGCAUGAACACUUCUCAGUGAGCUGUUGGCCUUGACCGUAGAGCUUUGAGCCCUAAGGGCUUGGGGGGGAGCUAUCAAUGGGGUAUGGCCGAGUGUGUGUUUGUGUAUUGACUUGAGGUGUGUUUCCCCUUUAAAUGAUAUGCACAGUCACUCACACUAAAAAGGGAAAAUCACAUGUGGCCAAAGAUAUUCCUUGGGGCUUUUCGGCUCCCUACGCCUCCAUCUCCCUCCGUAGCCACAAAGAUAUGAAUAGUGGACAGUGGUGAACCUGCUGCUCCCCAUUGUAUCUGCGCUUGGGUGUCGACCGGUCCCAGUUAGGUACAAGGUUUAGGACGCCAGCAGGGCCUGCUACAGUGUCCGUGUGCGUGGUACCAGGUCCAAACAGUGGAAUACUUGAAGAAGGGGUGUCAUUUGUCACUGCCAUUGAGCACUGUCUUCCCACUAAUGUGAACUGAACAGAGAGGAGAGGUAGACCAUGCCUUUGUUAGUAGGAUACCUGGGGCAGAGGAGAGGAAAAUCAAUUAUCAUGGGGUUCGUUUUGCUCGAGAUACACAUGACCACAAACGGCUGAAUCGGGCAGCAAACAACGAACAAAGAAAGAGUGAAGAUGUAUGCAUUUGUGUGUGUGUUGACUGGAAAGCAGGCUUAUAUAAAGCCAGCACACACAUUAGGCCUUCACCCUUGGUAAACCUAGAGUGUUGCUAGAUGCCAGAGGAUGCACCUUAAGACCUGUAAAAGACCCAAGUCACUGUCUUUCAUUUCAACAGCUUUUCUUUGGUCAUAUUUGAACCCAAAUGAAGCAAGCCUAAACCAUAUGUGUGUGUGUGUGUGUCCCUCCAUGGGGGUUUUGGGUUAAGUUGGGACGUUGACACAAACUCACUGGGACAUUUUAGUACAUGUGCUGCUAUUUUAGACAUAGGUGAUUUGUCUUUGAUGCGUUUGUUUUCCCGACCAAACUGGGGUAGCCCCUGGUAUGGGUGUGCACAUCUGCUACUGUGUGUGUGUGUGUGUGAGCGUGUGUGUUGUAUUGCAGACAGAGGCCAAGUGAUACAGUUGUUGGCAACCAAACGCACUGUUAAAGCUGAUACGUGAGAAAAAUGCUUCUCUCCUGGACUGAAAGCUCCACUGCCCCGUUUAGGAGUUAUACUGGUGGUUCAAGAGACGUCUUUAUGUAGCUUAAGUGUUAAUAAAGAAAAAAAUACAUUUCACAUCUCGCUCUGUAAAAGAAUUUCGAACAAACUGAUUUGCCUUGCUCAUGUCUUGCCGUUUUAUUUAAAGGAUGAAGCUAAAGCAGCACCAAUGGUUUAGCUCUUGUGUAUGAAUCCAACAUUUCAGUGCACUUCUGCUGUAUUGAACAUUUGCGUCCUCUAGUAGGGGAGCACUAUAAUUUCCCUCCUGCAUAAAUCCUAUUACGGAUGUAUAUUAAACUGACUCCAGAACAAUACAUGGAUGUAACACCUCUGUCAUCUGUCGUGCCGUGUUCCCUGUGCAGCUUCCCUGCAAGGUGGCCAGUGUACAAUCAACACAACAUUUUACCAAUGUGUCCAAAUGAGUCAUGCUGGGAAUGACAAAGAUCCUGUAAAUACUUAAAUACUAUAAAUAAGGAUUAUACAUAUUUUUAGGCAAGUGAACCUGAUUCUGUGCAUUGUGUGCCUUAUUCACAAAACGAACUACUACAGUAUAAAAUAUUGGCAAUGUCAAUUGGUCCUGUGUAUGUUAUUGUCAUAUACUAUAUACAGAUUUUUUUUAUACAAUUGAAAUUCAGCCGGACGUGUGUUGGGAAGUCGCGACUUAAUCCGAAGUGAUGUGGAGGCAAAUUGACAAACAGACCACAUGCGGAUGGUCGUCAUACAAAAGGACAAAAAACAGCAUUUGGGUUAUAAAUCAGUUUUUCUUUCUCUAUUACUGCUGGUGUUGAAAAGAAGAGCGAUGCUAAUCCACCACACAGAGGUGCCAUGCAGUGAAUGUAUUUCCUUGACAGUGGGAUGAAGGGUGGUUUCGAUCUCGCACUGUGGAGCAGUCGGCUCAACGCUGCACACAUCCCGCCCAACAGCCAAUGUAUUAACACAGUGUUCACACGAAAGCCCGGUUGCGGUGGCAGGAGUUGUUUCUAUCGGCCAGUAAGGACGACCGGGGGGGUCGGGUACCUUCUCUGGGUGACAUCUGCCAUCCUGUCCCAGUGUCAGUCGCCUGUUUAGCCCAAAGCCACUUUUUUGUUUACAAGUGAUGAUUGUAUGUAAAGAUUCUUCGCCUGUCAUCUGACCAGUGUUUUGGGCUCUUUUCUACACACACACACACACACACACACACACUCGACACACACUGCUCAACUGCCUUGUACAUUGCAAUAUGAACUGGGUCUUUCUGUUGCAAUUCUAAAUUGACGCCUUUAUAUUUCAGUCUGAGCUCUGUGUACGUGGAGAUGAAACCGGAUUUUUUGUCAUGUAACUUUUGAUUUACAUACUGUGCAACAUGGUGAUGCAAGGCCAGCUGUGUAUAUAUAUCUGAUCUCCAGAGUAUUUGAGCAUGUAGAUAGGUUGUAAAGUUGUACUGUGAAUGUGUAAAUAAUAACGAUGGUCUUUGUUUCAUGAUAUUUUUUGUUGAUUUUUUUAACACAGCAUGUAUAGUUGAAAUAAAACAUUACUGCACAGAAA